UGGCGGGUCUGGCAGCCAUCAGUUCACCACAUCUACCAUGGGACACAAGGUUCUUCUUUUGGCUGCAGUAGUGGCCGUCGCCCUGGCCGACAAGCCAGUGUACAGGCCCCCAACGCGCUCAUACGCCCCACCCUCCAGCAGCGAGAGUCGUGAGAUUCAGUUUCCCCCCAAAUACAAAUUCCACUACACGGUGAAGGACGAGAGAGGCAACGACUACGGCCAUGAAGAAUCCCGGGACGGAGACACCACUAAGGGAACCUACUUCGUGCUGCUCCCUGAUACUCGUAAGCAAACCGUGGAUUAUCUCGUGGAAGGGAAGUCUGGUUUCCUGGCUGAAGUGACUUACGACGGAGAGGCAAAGUUCCCAGACAGCGCCAGUGCUUCCAGGGAGACCUACACGCCACCUAGGAAAACUUUCAGAACCGUAUCAUCCGAGGAAAGCUCAGAAUCAGCCAGCAUUGAGAGACCAGUUUUCAAACCGGUUGUGACCUACAGGCCUCCAGCGACUUCCAGACCAAGGCCGGUGGUUACGUACAGGGCCCCCGCUACCUCCAGGCCCAAGCCACAACCACCAAAGACCGAGGCUCCAAAACCCAAGCCAUCCCCCAAACCUGAACCACCCAAACCCCAACCACCAAAGACAGAGGCACCAAAAACUGAAGCACCUAAGACUGAAGCACCCAAGACUGAAGCACCUAAGACUGAAGCUCCAAAGACUGAAGCGCCCAAGACUGAAGCUCCUGAGACUGAAGCUCCAAAAACUGAAGCACCCAAGACUGAAGCGCCCAAGACUGAAGCACCCACUGAAGCACCUACUGAGGCACCCAAAAGCGAACCAUCCGAAACCGAAACCGAACCGGCCGCACCCCUACCAAGCCCCAAUCCAGAGGAGCCCAUUAGGACUUACAUUGCUCCCUGAUUUCAACCGAUGCUCCGAUAGUGGACACCGCUCAUACUUUUCCUUUUAUUUAUUUCUCUACUUUAAUGCUUAUCCUAUUGCAUGUCGACCUUCCUGUUAACACUAGUGUUCUGUGUCGUCAUAUAUGUGUAGCUUAGCUUGAAGAUUGUGAUGUUUUGCAUUAAAUAAUAAAAACGAUGUGAAUACGA